AUGGUUCAAGUUAAAGGGCCAAAGGUUUUGGCAGUUCUCCUGCUCUUCUUCUGUGUCAAUUUUGCUGUGGCAGACAGACGGGGAGUUCGCAUUCAAAGGCGCGACGAUUCGCCAAAUCAAUCAAUUGUGGCUACCUCUGUCACUCCGGUGUCUCCAUCUUCACCAGCUACAACCUCAAAUGAGUCAUCGCAGAAAGGAGGGAACAACUCAGGGAAUAAUGGGGGCGAUUCUACCACGGCCAAUACCCCUGACAAGACGAUUAGUGAGACUGCAAAAAGGACAACUACAAAUGCCUCCUCGGCUAGUCCAACGGAGGAAUCAAUCUCUAAUUCGGCCACGACAUCAAGCACAGGAGCUGUGGUGACCCCAAGCAUCAUUGGGGCAGCUACAACCUCCACCGGCAAUCCCUCGGCGUUUAACUCAACCACCACACCGGAUAAAUUGCCCAUCGCCCCAAGCGUAACUCCCGGGUUUGGAGUGGCGGGAGCCAUAUUGAUGAUCAGCGGAGUUGUCUAUACUCUUGUUGGGAUAAAAAACAAACUGCUACACAUUUUCUUAUCUGCAGCCUACCUAGCAAGCUUGUCGGUUACCGUUCUCAUUCUUUAUGUCAUGAAUCUGCCAGUCGGAAAUGCUGUUCAGGGAGCCUAUGUUGUCGCCGCGACUAUGACUGGCUUGAUUCUCGGCGGAGGUGCCAUAGUUUUUGCAGACAUGACUGAAGGGUUAGGUUGCCUUCUAGGCGGCUUCUCCCUUAGCAUGUGGUUGCUUUCAUUGAAGGCCGGUGGCCUGUUAACCGCAACAAGCGGCAAGGCCAUAUUUAUUACGGCAUUCACUCUUGCUGUCUUUGCAACAUCUUUCAGUCACCACACACGGCCAUAUGGGUUGAUCGGAUCUAUCUCAUUUUCCGGUGCUACUGUGGUAGUAAUUGGGAUUGACUGUUUUAGUAGGGCUGGCUUGAAAGAGUUCUGGGCAUGGAUUUGGGACCUGAAUCCUAAUCUGUUUCCACUUGGUGCUGAUACUUAUCCUUUGACGAGGGGUAUAAGAGUGGAGAUUGCAGUUAUUAUUGUUAUAUUCUUAAUGGGGAUUAUAUCACAGAUGAAGCUUUGGAAAAUCAUUAAAGAGCGCCGUGAGCAACGGGCGGCUGAACGACUUGAUGAUGAGCGUGUUAUGGAGCAAGAGGAAGAAAACGUGGGGAGGAGGAUUGAGAAUCUCAAUGCGGGAGAGAGAAGCCAGUGGGAGGCUGCAUACGGCAAUAAGGAGCAAGCUGACAUGCCCUCAGCUCCAUCACACCGGGAUUCUGGCGUAGGGGAUAUGGAGAGUCAGAGGAAAGGCCAAAUGAGCAUCGUGACUUCAACGCGACACUCAAGAGAAGAUGGAAUUGAGAUGUCACAGAUGCCUUCGCCCACGCAGGCUACACCGAUCGGGCUUGUUAUGGCGAAUAAAAGCCAAGAUACCGGCAUACCUGACGUCCAAGUCACACCAUUUCCUGGAUCUUCUCCGGAGCUCGUCGAGAACGGGAAUAUAAUAGAGCCCCUGCAAAAUCGACAGAGCCAUGCAUCACUAGUUGAAGAAGGGAAGGCUUGGCUUGUAGGCUCCAAUGGGGAAGCACGUCUCGAAAGGACACCAUCCAAAAGACUAUCUAGUCGGACAUCAAGUCCGCCAGUUUCUACGAGGAACUCCCGAACGCCAGAGAUUGUUCCGCUACCAUUCAAAGUACCAGUGGGCGAAGUAGAAGAUGACCGGUCAUCCGUCGUCGCUCUUGCAGAGGAUGAGGAGGAACUUGGCCGACCAACACGGCAAUCCAACCGGAUUUCUGCUGGUUCAGCGAUUAUGCGCAGACUAUCCAAACGGUCUCUUUUGAGUCCAUCGCCGAGAAGCUCAAAACGGUUCUCCAUGGGCCACGGACAAAGCACGGAGGAUUUGGUCAUUCCCUAUGAAGUCGAUGACGACCGGGCAAGCUCGGUUGCUGCUACUAUAGACGGGCUUAGCGACGAAGAGAGAAGCCCACGUUCUUCAAUCGACGAGGCCCCUAAUACGAAUGAGUCUCGAGUGGAAGAAUUUCCCGCAUCACCGAGAGAGGAUCAACUGGAGGCCGCAAAAUUAGACCUAGGUGCUAAAUCGACGGUUGGGAGUACGGAAAAUAAAUCCACAGGACAGGCAGAAGUCGGUAUUACCACGCCGGAUUCUCAGACCCUACGGGGGGAGAAAGCUGAGGAUCUAAGCAAGCGGCAGUCUUUUAUAUCGGGUACUGAUCCGAAUCCCAAGGGAGACCUUAUGCAGGACGCGGAACUCGCAAUCAAGACCCAGCCGAAUGAGGUUAAAACCCCAAGAGCCGCCCGAUCAACUACCUCCACGUCCGAGUCGAGGCGUAUGAGCCUCACCAAGGAUCGACUUCCGGCCCCGUUACCCCGCGUAGCGAUGUCCUAUCGAACUAACGAGUGGGCUAAACAUCUCAGCAAUGCCGAGACUCCUGAGGUGGAAGAACUGAAGUUAGAGGAGGGUCUUGACGAAGGGGAUUCCUCCACUAUCGAGAUGCCGGCUCCGGUUAAUGUAGAAGACCUUCAACAGACCGCCGAACAAGCUUCUCCUUUAGCACCAAGGCCAUCAUCUUCAACCUCCCAAACCGUCCCUCUAGCUCUCUCGAGAUCGGCCUCGACCCCGACCAUAGCUAAUAAUUUCGUACCCAACAGUGGUACCAGCUCGCUUCCUCAAGCGAAUACACUCUCACGAAGCGUGUCACAACAAUCUCUUCAGUCUCAGUCAGCCUCCAAUAGAUUCCGUAUAUCGUCAAGUCCAGCAAUUCCCCAGCCAAUUGUGGAGUCUCCCGUUGAGGAGAGUUUCGCUCCCCAUACCCCUCCCGCCGGCAACUUAUAUCCAUCCCAGAACGCCCCCUUCGGAAGCACCAACACCUUAAUUGGGAAGCGAGACUCUAUGAUGCGUAAUAAAAGCUAUCAAACCGCACAAUUUCCCCUACCUUCAACACCAGAACUGUCUACAAACUUUUCUUCGCCUUACCAAUCACAAUAUCAAAGCCGGUCAGCCUCAAGAGCCGGCAGCGAUGCUGGCUCGAUUUAUAAUUAUCAAAAUAAUAUGAGUAAGCCUAUCCUCAUGGAGGAUGACGAUAAUAUCUCCCUCUCCGCCCGCCGAGAGCUAAUCCGACAAUCGUCCCUCCACCAAACUGGAAGACCAGCGGCAACCCUCCUACAGCCCUCCCUUCCUUUCGAUUCCCAUCAACCCCUUCGGCAAUCAUCCGCUCCUUCACCCUCAGCGAGAGAGCAACAACUCGCCUCUUUCCGUGCUAGCAUAAUGCAGGAUAUGCAAAACACCGCCGUGCCAAAGAUGAAUGUCGAGAGGCAGAGGAGCGCAUUGUGGCAGGAACGACAGGUGGAGGAACAGAGAAGAGCCUUGGAGGCUCAGAGGAGAGGCGAGUUCGAGAGUGCGUUUGAUGAGCGGAUGAGGAGGGGAGAUAUGUUGGAUAUCCAUCGAGACGCGCUGAGGAAGAUGCAGGCGCGCGCUAGUAGGAAUGUUUGA